AUGGCGAGGACAAGGAGCAAAAAGAAGCAGAAGAAGAAGGACCGGUCUUCCAGCUGUCCUGUAGCCCACAAACUCCUCCCUUUCCUCGUUUUGGCGGCGCUGUUGUUUGGAUCCAUUGGUGGCAAUUCCCACGCAGUCCAACAGUUCCUUGACGUUGCCUCAUACUAUUAUCGGAAUGUCACUAUUGCUGUCAGUGAUGGUGACCCCAUAGCGGUACAUGACGAGAACGCUUCUCUCAAAGGGACCGGGACCAUGAAGGAUACAACAAAGAAGUAUCUUGAAGUGGAGCCUGAAGCAGGCCUUAUCUCAGCCACACUCAAGCCGAAUGUGCAAGAAGCUACACAGCAGCAGGAUAUCCAUCGACCUGGCACACCACUAGAAACAGAUUUAUCAUCAUCCUCAUUCAACACGACAAUUGCCUUUGCUGUCACCAUUACAUCUUGUCCGAAUAUGGAAACGGAUAACGAUCCCAUUCCCCUUUGGGAUGCCGCGGCCGUCUUGCAACAAUCCAUUCGCCAGACGCAAGGACGACCCUUUGAUUUGCAUGCAUUUGUCCAUUCCACGGCCCGCAAAUACAAGAAGCAAGACAAUCCCUGCAGGUCUCCCAUCCAGGCAUUCUUUACCCGUGACUACAAUUUGGCCCGUAGUUCCAAAACCAAUCUACCGGAUAUCAAACGCGUCGGCGUUCAGGGAGGUUUCUGGAUGGUGAAACCAAAUCAAACUGUCUACCAUCAACUCGUGGAAAUGAUUCGGCACGGCGCCAACUUUACCAAAGGCUAUGGAUGGGGCGGUCCGACCCUGGGAGAUCCUUCGUGGUACUAUGGAAUUGCGCAGAUGCAAGGGCUGUUGAGUUAUUACUAUGGAUACGUGGCACCCGGGACCGCCGUCGAACUCGAUCGCUGUGUCGUUAAUGCCAUGGCCGAUGCCCCCAAUCCUCGCUUUUGUAGCAGCAACAACGAAGCGCAUUACUGUCACGAUUGCCGUCGGACCUUGUUGGAACACAUCUAUUCCGUCCACUUUACCAUUUGUCAAAAGCCGUGGUGGUGCUACACCAACGAAGACGAUAAUCCACUGUGCCUUCAGUUGCAUCACGAAUGGCAUCGUUUGCGUCAUGAUUGGGAGCACAACAUCACCGCUGCUCGUGCCGGUUUCAUCACCAACAACGUACAAACCUACCGGCAACUCAUCCUCAAGUUUCCGACCCACUGCCACGGGCGAGAGUCGUACAUUCCCAUGAAGCAGGAGCAGCAGCAGAUAUGA